AAGUCCUUAAUUAAUCCCGCUCUUCAGUUUUUACCAUUUUAAUACCCUCUUGAUUGUAAUAUCCAACAACAAUAGGUAUUUUAUGUCCUGUAUGGAUAUUUCUUUACACGCCUAGGCCUAUAUCACAUUUCAACUCGGUUCCAUGAGCUGUGCACACCCAUGCUGUAAAAUAUGUAUCUAAUGCGGAGAAUAUUAUUGGACGAGAGCUCCUCCGCGACAGGGAAAACAAGAAAGAGCUUCGACUACGGUGCGUGGAUCCCUGCCGCACGUCAGAUAAUGUAGCCCCCCCACCACCACCACACAUGCUCAGGACCAAACUCGGCACACAAUUUUACGUUUUAGAUGAUCGGUAACCCUAUAUUAAUAUACAACUACAUGGAUUCACAUGAUCCCCUAGGACCACAUUUCUAGCUUUUUCCUUUCCCCGUUAAUGGCAGCCAAAUGUAGCACGUCGUGCGUGUUGUCAUAAUUCAAUACUACUCAUAAUACUAAGUUAAUAUAGCUUGGAAUGACAAUUUACAGCGCCAAGAAAUAAAAGCAGUUUUUACCGAUUAGAACUAUCGAGGUACAUUAUUCAGUUAUUUGUAUAAAUGUUUAUGUAUGGAUGUAGGCUAUGCAACUAGAAAAGGAGCACCGGCGUCGCAAAAGCGGCUCCUGUCAAUUAGGUGUCAGCCACGACUCCUGGGGUUGGGUCCAGUGAUGGCCAGGCGGCGGCAGCCUGCUCCUUCUCCCAGUGGCCGAUCGCAGCGCCGGCCCGGGAUCCCCCGGCUGCGGUUGGAUGUUGCGGCUGCCCGUUACUGCUCCUCCCAAGUUCGGUUGCUCGGCAGCGUGCUGAUUCUCAUUGAUGAGGAGAGAGCCGAGCAAAAACCCGACCGAGGGGAGAUGGCAGGACUGGGGCAAGGCGCUCGUUCUUAGGGAAAGAUCUACGUCCUCAUUUCUAAUCUAACUGCCGGAAGAAACUGUUUAAAAAAAAUUAAAACCAUGUAAAGGCAAAGAGGGGUAAUUUUAUCCUCAGAUCUCAGUAGUAGUAGUAUGUCCAUCCUGUUUCUGCUACGCUAUAGCGUUGUGCAUGCUCUCUUCUGGAUUAUCAUUGUUGCUGGUGUUUUCAGUGUCUUGUUUCAAUACGCGCAUUGGAAAAAUGGAUACAAACAACUGAUUUAAAAAUAGGAACAGCACUGAACCUGCAAAGUUCGCGAUUCGCUAUCGGUCCGCCCAUGGGGCAGAAUUAGAUCGGCCGGCGCCGAUGUCAGGACUCUCUGCUCCGCACCUGGCAGAUUUCGCGCUGUGCGUUUGGAAGUUUUAGUACCUAAAGGUGUUACGCUGGGCUCCCGGAAUCAUUGAGAACCAGAAUGCCAACCAUCAACAUAGAUACUGAAUCGGUGUGGAGCACAGCGCUGAUCCGCCACGCACUUUGGAGGGAAGCACCUGCCACGGCGAUGUAGGUCCCGCACUCCGUCCCACGGGCUCCCGGACCCUCGAGACCGAAGCGCCCAUGCGAAUUUCAAACUGAAUGUCAAGUAUGACUGAAGCGUGGAGGGAGGCCUCUUUAAGAUAUACCCGACCCGGGGCCACAUUCCCAGUUCUCCAGCGGCUGAGCAGGUGAUGGUCUGGCCACGAUGCUACGCUUUCCUGUGAAGAAAAUCCGCAAGCAGUUCAAACUCCUUCUGUUACUGGUCCUGCUCACCUUUGCUGUCUGGUUCACAUACCUGCACAUCAACCAAGGCAAAGCAAUCAAACUCCAUUUUAACUAUGGGAGAGAUGGGGAGAAGCAGACGGAGGAGACGGACGGCACCCGCAAGCGAGACAUGCGCCCCUCGCCUGGACACCAUAAGAGGGAGGAGCAUGGAGACAGCCGCGAGGACGAGGUCGCGGAGGAAGAGCCCAACGGGCUGGGAGAGGAGAGCCGAGAGCUGAUAGAAGUCAGGAAGUUCCUGAGGCAGAAGCAGAAGAAGCUCAGAUGGAAGCUGGAGUACAAAGGGCAGGCCAACCUCCACGUUUUCGAGGACUGGUGUGGCACCUCUGUGGCCCAGCUCAGAAAGAAUCUCCACUUCCCCCUGUACCCCCACACGAGGACCACGGUGAAGAAGCUGGCGGUGGCUCCCAAAUGGAAGAACUACGGCCUGAGGAUCUUCGGGUACAUCCACCCAUACAAAGACGGCGACUUCCAAUUCGCCGUCGCCUCCGACGACAACUCCGAGUUCUGGCUCAGCCCUGAUGAUAACCCGCUGAACGCACGGCUGCUGGUGUACGUGGGACAGCUGGGCUCAGAAUGGACGGCGCCGGGGGAAUUCAGCAAGUUCCGGUCCCAGUCCUCCAAAGCCAUCCACCUCAUCUCCUCCAGGCGGUACUACUUCGAGGUUCUGCAUAAGCAAGACGACAAGGGUUCGGACCACGUGGAGCUCGGGUGGCGUCCCUUUCUGCCCGGCCUGAAGUACGAGGUCAUCGACUCCGCCCACAUCUCCUUGUACACUGAUGAAUCGGCUCUGAAGAUGAACAGUGUGGACCACAUCCCCCAGACCCUUGCCAGUCACGGCCGCGUCCCUCAGGAUUCGCCCAGCGCCAAGCGGCACGGGGCAGACAUGCUAAAACCCGAUCCCAGAGACACCUUCUACAGGAUACCCAUGGUGGACCCAGCCCGGCUGGAGAACGUGCUGCCGGCCUGCCUGUACUCCCCCACUUACGUGGUGAAGGACUUCCCCAUUGCCCGUUAUCAGGGCCUGCAGUUCGUAUACCUGCCCUUUGUCUACCCCAAUGACUUCACCAGGCUUACCCACAUGGAAAAGGAGAAUAAGUGUUUUUACAGGGAGUCUCCAAUCUACCUCGAGAAGUUUGGCUUCUACAAAUACAUGAAGAUGGACGAGGAAGAGGAUGACAGGCCCUUCUUCUUCCCCAACCCAGACGAUUUUUUGGAGGAGGAGGAAGGGGUGGACCCAGAGGAAGAAGAAGUGCCACCUGCAGAUACACAGCGGCUCAGGCGUCGGGUCGUCCCAAGCCAGGGGAGCCACACCCGUCCAAGGCCUUCGGCGCCCUCUACAGGCAACCAGGACAGUCCAGGGGCUGGAAAUAGCACAUUCAGCCAGCAAAGGAGGCAUUCCUUUGCACCUGCAGAGCAAGGGGACAGGGAAAGGUGGACGGGACGUGGCAGAGAUCUAAGGCCUCCUGAGAGGGAGGCUGGAGGACAUCGAGAAGUUCCAGGGGCCCCAGAAGCCAUGCCCAGCUUGGUGCGAGGUCGCUCCCUCACCUGGAUCCGCACUGGCCCAGAUAGACCGGGCCGGCGGGGGGGUGUGGAGAUGCCUCCGCGGCUCAGCAAAUCGGCGCUCCUGUUCCCGAAGAAGAGCUCCCUCACCGCUCUGACAAGGGCCAAGGAGAUCCUAAGCAACUCUGCCCGUCCCGGUCGUAGCAUCAUCACCAGAGCCAACAGCCUGCCCAGCAAAGACACCCAGAAGGACGCUAAUAAGAUUUACAUCACCAGGCCCCGGCCUUCACGCACCCGCAAGACCGCCACUGCUCACCACCCGAAGGAGGUAUUCCCAGGGGUCUUCCUGUAUCAGAACGGCAAGACCACCAAACUUGUCACCCUGGGUACUAGGCGACGGGGUGAAAAGAACUUGCUUAGUUCCCCCCAGUUGUGGCCAAAACCCCCCUUCAAGGAUGGCAAGACUGCCUUACUGAGUGGCAACUUCACCAGAUUGACAGCAGUAACCAAAUCUACCAGCAGGGCGGCGCCGGCAAGGCACCAGUGGGGAAGGGAGGAGGCCAUGAGGCAAGGACAGGAGCUGCCCUUCACCCCUAGUAGAGGCAGCAAUUCAGUUUAUGUGUCCCAGCGCCGAGGCCGUGUUUGGCCCACCUCGCCACACCCCGCGGUUAUCAGCCCGAAUAUCUCUGAGAAUCUGCUCCUAACAGAGCCCAGGGUCACCUCCUUCAUGAGGACCUACGAAAUCACAGAGUCCAGGCUACAGCAGGAGCCCAGCUUGGAGCAGGAGCAGCACACAGAACAGAACCAGAACCAGGAGCAGGAGGAGGGCGGGCUGUCCGACUACACAUACGAGGAUUCGGACCCCCGGCCGGGUUGGGCGGAGGAGGCCAUCAACUGGCAACGUACCUUUUCCUUCAACACCAUGGACUUCGAGCUACUGCGCUCCGAUUGGAACGACCUCCGGUGCAACGUGUCCGGCAAUCUGCAGCUGGCGGAGGCCGAGGUGGUGGACGUGCUGGCGCAGUACAUGGAGAAGCUGAACGAGCGUAACGGCGGCAUCUACACCCUGCUGCGCAUCAUCAACGUGGAGAAGCGGCGGGACUCGGCGCGGGGGAACCGGUACCUGGUGGAGCUGGAGCUGAUGGAGCGCGGCAAGCGGGUGGUACGGCUCUCCGAAUACAUCUACCUGCUGCUGCACCGCGGCCGGCUGGAGGACAGCGUGGAGAACGGCGAGGUGGCCACCACCGCCGCCCCAGGCCCUGCCCUAACCGCCGCCCCAGGCCCUGCCCUAACCGCCGCCAGCCCCCGGCCCAGCGGCCGCAGCGCCACCCAGUGGAGCGCCGCCUACACGCGGCCCCUGCUCUGUCAGCCUGUCAUGCUGCAGUGGAGGCGUGAUGUCAUGGUGCACUUUGUGGUUCCAGUGAAGAACCAGGCGCGCUGGGUGCAGCAGUUCAUCUCUGACAUGGAGCUGCUCCACCGGGAGACCAAGGAUGACAACUUCAGCGUGAUCAUCGUGGACUUCCAGAGCGAGGACAUGGAUGUGGAGCAGGCGCUGAGGGAGAGCGCAGUGCCCAGGUACAAGUACCUCAGGCGGGAGGGGAACUUUGAGCGCUCGGCGGGGUUACAGAUUGGAGUGGAUACCAUCGAGGACAGACACAGCAUCGUGUUCUUGUGUGACCUGCACAUCCACUUCCCCCACAACAUCCUGGAGAGCAUCCGGAAGCACUGCGUGGAGGGCCGGCUGGCCUUUGCCCCUAUCGUCAUGCGGCUGGGAUGUGGGAGCUCACCGCAGGAGCCCAACGGAUACUGGGAAGUCAACGGAUUUGGCUUGUUCGGGAUUUACAAGUCGGAUUUCGACAAGAUCGGGGGGAUGAACACGGAAGAGUUCAAGGACCGCUGGGGGGGGGAGGACUGGGAGCUACUGGACAGGGUUCUGCAGAACGGCCUGGAAGUGGAACGCCUCAGACUGCGGAACUUCUUCCACUACUACCAUUCCAAACGGGGCAUGUGGAACGCCCAGACUAAGAAGAGCCCCAAAGGUUAGACCUCUGGGAGACCACAGGCCUCGGCUGUAGAGGCCGACUCUGCGCUAGAGGGACCUUCUACGGACACGGCCCACUCUGCCCCAGAACCCCUUGGGGUGUUUCUUUUGUAGGGACAAAGAUUCAGUUUAGCCGUGUCUGUCUUCUAAGCUGCUCUCCUUACAAUAAACAGCUUAAGAGAUUUUUUUUUUUUUUAAAUCGAGGGCAAUUUUUUAACAAUUUGGACAGUAGUGGACAAUUGUUCUUUGCUUGUGUCUGUUUUUACGACAGAUGAUGACCCCCUUUAUCCUGAAGACCCACCAAUCCAGGCAGCAUAGGGAAGGAAAUUCAAAAUUAUAUCAAUGACAUAAUUUAACUCUCAAAAUGUAAACGUGGAGGUGGGAAAACUGUAAGAAGCUUCCAGAAGGGUUUAGCUUGGCAGGGAACCUCCUUUGGUGCUUCUUUAUUUUUAACAAUGCCUGAUUAUAAGCUGUGUGCCUGUCACUGUGUUUGGGUGAGGGGAGGGUUACAAAGCAGUUUUUUUUUCUUCAUUUUUCUCGUAGCAUUUAUCUGCAGAGUAAGACCUUCCAGAGGCGUGGAUGUCGAACAUAAAUCCCCGUGCAGCUACCAGGUUGCAUUAGAACCUUGCUGCUGCCGUACAGCGAGAGGCUCCGUGCAGACGGCCCAGGGAGUAGGGGGAAAGAUUACUUGACUGGCUGAUCGCUGAAUUUGCAAUGUACCAUCCAGCAGCCCCCAACCCCAAAAACGGUCCCACAAAGAACUCCCCAUUGUUACAGAAGCCCCACAGAAUCAGUGAAAUCAGUUCGCUUUUGUUGCAGUGCUGCCAAGGGAUUCGGCACUGUCCCCCCCCCGCUCUGAGACAGUGCCCAGCGAGCUGCUGGCAAGCCCUCCUGCGCAAAGCUUGGGGCGUGACUUUGGCUGCCAGAGCUUGGGGCGUGACUUUGGCUGCCAGAGCUGUGUUUCUUGCGUUCUUGUUUUUUCUUUCUUUUUCUUUCCUCCCUUUUUUAAACAUCUGCAGUGGCUGGAAAACAAUGAGUGCUUGCAUUCCUGUGGUUUGAUAGGAUCUGCCCCCCUACCCCACCCCACCCCCCUCCAGCUCUUAUAUACAAUAUAUACAAAUGGGCCAAGGAUUCUGCUGUGGCUGUAAGAAUGUUCUAUCAGAUGAGAUGCUGCUGACCCUGGAAGAGACAGGUAGAGAAGAUGGCG